GUAAGGAGUUAUAAAACCAUAAAGUGGAGAACCAUUUAAGAACCUCAUCUUGGUCAUGUUAUAAUUGAUGAGGAUUCUUCACAUCAUAGCUUGGUAAACUGAAAUUAAUUAAGCUCAUCAUCAAAGGGGUUUUAGGGUUCUUCAUAGGAAGAGUAAUUGAUGGAAGAGAAUCUACCUCCUGGAUUCAGAUUCCACCCAACAGAUGAAGAGCUUAUAACAUAUUAUCUUACAAGAAAAGUCUCUGAAAAUGGAUUCACUUCUAAAGCUAUUGCUGUUGUUGAUCUCAACAAGUCUGAGCCUUGGGACCUUCCAGGUAAGGCAAGCAUGGGUGAGAAGGAAUGGUACUUCUUCAGUUUAAGAGAUAGAAAGUAUCCAACAGGACUAAGAACAAAUAGGGCAACAGAAUCAGGGUAUUGGAAGACCACAGGCAAAGACAAAGAGAUAUUUCGUGGUGGGGUUUUGGUUGGAAUGAAGAAAACCCUAGUCUUUUAUAAGGGUAGGGCUCCAAGGGGUGAGAAAAGUAAUUGGGUCAUGCAUGAAUAUAGACUUGAGAACAAGAAUCCCUUUAGAACUAAGGAUGAAUGGGUAGUGUGCAGGGUAUUCCAAAAGAGCACAGCAGCGAAAAAACCGCCGCAACAAACAUCAUCCUCCCAACCUGAAUCCCCAUGUGAUGACACAACCUCUUUGGUCAAUGAAUUUGGUGAUGUUAUUGAGCUUCCAAAUCUAAACACCAACAUUAAUAAUAAUAAUAAUUCUUCAUCAUCAUCCUCAAGUGCUUUAUUCCCUAACAACAUUCUUAUUUCAGGACAACACAUUCAUCAUCACCAUGACCUAACCAAUAAUAAUAACAAUAAUAAUGUUAACACAAACAUGAACUUAGCAAUGAAUUGGCCACCAUCAAGUGAUCAUAAUAUUAAUAAUGUUCCAUGGCCUUCAGUAGGGUUGUUGAAUCCAAGUAUUUCAUCAAUGAAUUCCUUGAUUCUCAAGGCAUUGCAGCUUAGGAAUAAUUAUCAACAAAGAGAAGUUGCAUCCACAUUUCCACCAUCAUCAUAUAUUAUGCCUCAUCAUCAAGGACUAGUAGUUCCUCAUCAACAAGUUAUUGGAACCAAUAAUAAUGAUGACCUAAUAACAACUUCUUCAAAUCUCAUCAAUGCUUCUUCUUCUUCAUCAAAAGUUUUGGAAUGUAUGCCACAUCAGCAACAACAACAACAACAGGAGCAACCAUUCAAUUUGGACUCCCUUUGGUAAAUUGAUGAAUGAAUUGAAAAGCAUAUAAUAAUGUAUAUGAAGCUCUAGCUUGCUAGAUAGCUAACAUCCAUCUCAUCUUGUAAAAGUUCUUGUGAAUUAUUAUUAUAUUAAUAUAUAUGUCCAUGUAACGCUCUGAUUCCUACAUGAAAAAAUUGUAACAUUUUCAAAAUUGUAAUAAACAUAAGGAUAGUUUCCUAAUUAA